AUGGAUUAUCCCCCAAGAAAGGGGGCUCGGUCGCCCAAAGAGCCCACGGUAAAGGCCAACAAUUUCGCAGGCUUGGCGAACGAACUAGAAUCGUUAGCAGGAGAUAGGCGCCGCCUGCAGCUGCCUGGAACCGGCGCGAUCCGAACGCUCCAUGGGGGGACUCGCGGGCCUCGGCCCCCCGCGCUCCGCCCGGGGCCACCGCCUGCCCUGGCCCGCUCCGCGCCGGGGCCGAGACCCGGGAGCCGCGUCCUGCCCGAGGAAAUACCACCCACCCCAGCAGGCGCAAAAGCCACGGCCAACUUCUGCGGGGCUGCUCCAGGGGCCGGGGGAGGGAGUCAUUUGCUCCGCAGCCUCCUGGGAGUGGCCUCCCUGCCUACCCCAAGUGUAAGGUUCUGCCGCAACCCCGCCUCGCCGGUCGCAGCCCGCAUUCCCUCGGCCCCGGGGGCACGGCGAGCCCUUGGCAGUGCGGCUUUAUGGGCCCCCUUUAAGGCCGGCGGAGGCAUCUCCCUGCCGGCUGGCGUGGUGCGAAAAUGCCUCGCCGGGGCGCACCGGGGCGGCAGCCUCGGCGGCGGCGGCGAGAGCGCGGGCGGGGGCAGCCCGGCCGCAGCCUACCAUGCCGCCCCCCCCCCUACUCCGCAUCCUCCGCCUCCGCCUCCCCCCUGCGGCGGGAUUGCCUGUCACGGGGAGCCCGCGAAGUUUUACGGAUACGAUAACUUACAGAGACAGCCGAUUUUUACGACCCAGCAAGAGGCCGAGCUGGUACAAUAUCCUGACUGUAAAUCGUCCAGUGGUAAUAUUGGCGAAGACCCAGACCACUUAAAUCAGAGCUCGUCUCCUUCUCAAAUGUUUCCCUGGAUGAGACCACAAGCAGCUCCUGGUAGACGAAGAGGAAGACAAACCUACAGUCGUUUCCAAACCCUAGAGCUGGAAAAGGAAUUCCUUUUUAACCCUUAUCUGACCAGGAAGAGAAGAAUCGAGGUUUCCCACGCCCUAGCCCUCACCGAGAGACAGGUAAAAAUCUGGUUCCAGAACAGGAGAAUGAAAUGGAAAAAGGAGAACAACAAGGACAAGUUCCCGGUUUCCCGACAGGAGGCGAAGGAUGGGGAAACCAAAAAGGAAGCCCAAGAACUGGAGGAAGACAGAGCCGAAGGCCCAACAAAUUAACUUCUACCUUUAAAAUUUUACCACAGACUAUUAAAACUAAUGAUCAACAUAUGCUGGUGGACACCACCUAUUUUCUUUGUUGAAAAGGACUUUAUCUGUAUUUCAAGCUACCUUCAUGUCACUGCUCUCGAGGUUUCUGCGCUUUGAGAGGGAUUUGGGUAUUCAAGUUUCUAGUAUCGCAUAGAAGCAGCCCUUGAGCUGUCCUAUGUAAGGGUAAUUUGAUACUGACCUUGUAGCUAUAUUUUUAUAAUGGUAGUUUUUAAUGUCUGAGCUGGUGAUUUGCCUCAACAACGUAAACUUCCUAAUGAUUAGCACUAAAUAAUUGAAUAUAAAAUGCUUUAUUAAUCAGACAAGUGCACUUGAACAUUUUAAAUCUUUUGUUUAUGGUGAGUAAAUUAAAAGAAGUUUAUUAAUUUUUUUAAAAAAAUUAUGCCUGCAGAAUAUUUACUUUAUAUUAUUUGAUUAAAAUAUAUUAUUUAUGUUUUUUCUUUCUGCUUUUAUAAUGAAUGGUUCGGGUGCCUUUUGUUUACUCCUAAAACGUUUCUUUGAGUAUUUUGUAAAUGUAAUAUCUCUGGGAAAAGUCUGGGCCAAAUAUUCGAAAAGCACAUGUUAGCUGAAGACUGUAAUGUGUAGUCCCGGCUCUGCAGCUUCCUCAAACUUGGGGAAAAUGUUGGGCUAGUGACAAAAGUUUCAGGACAAUGUCAAAGUUGACAUUUAAUAGUUUUUCUAUAGUCUGUACAAAUUAUGGCAAUUUAAUCAUCUAGAGUGAAUGAAUACUUGAAAAGCUAAUUAUAACAUUUUCACUCAUUAACUUUUUACUCCGGCAAGUCGCCUUGUGGAAUGCCUCUCGUUUCUCAGUUUGCUUUCGUUUUGAACAGCACUUGGUAUCGCCUGAAAGCGCUGGGUCUCUAUGCUGUGGCCGCUGCUAGGAUUCUGUUUUUUGAGUAGGUGCUGUAUUUAUUUGUAUUCCCUUCGCUCUGUUUGCACGCCCAUUUUGAGCCAACUUGCUGUGCGCGUCUCAGAUGUCGGUUGGUACGUCCUCUGCUGUUCUCCAGGAUGGCCUCACCUAUUUGAAACAAGCCCUGAGAGCAAACGCAGAAAAAUCUGAGUGUAAACAACCGCUCCAGAAAAUAGCUAGCUCCUUAAUAAAGAAAUUAAUCUUUU